CUACCCCCACCAUCUCUCCCAUUCCCAAAGAUCCUGUUAGUGCUUUGUGUGACCCUAAUUGGAAACAUGCAAUGUUGGAUGAAUUUAAUGCUCUUAUUGCUAAUAAUACAUGGGAAUUAGUGCCUCGACCGCAGGGUGUGAAUGUCAUUCGGUCCAUGUGGAUAUUUCGUCACAAAAAGCAUUCUGACGGUUCUUUUGAGCGACAUAAAGCCCGUCUUGUUGGUGAUGGAAAAACUCAGCAACAAGGCAUUGAUUGUGAUGAAACUUUCAGCCCAGUUAUAAAGCCAGCUACCAUUCGAUGUGUUCUUCGCAUUGCUCUAUCUAAAUCUUGGCCAAUCCACCAGUUGGAUGUCAAGAAUGCUUUUUUGCAUGGCUAUCUAAAUGAAACUGUGUAUAUGCAUCAACCAUUGGGGUUUCGUGAUAAGACUCGCCCUAAUCAUGUCUGUUUACUCAAGAAAUCCCUUUAUGGCCUCAAACAGGCUCCUCGAGCCUAGUACCAACGUUUCACAGAUUUUGUCACUACUAUUGGCUUUACUCACAGUAAAACAGAUCACUCUUUGUUUAUUUACCGGAAGGGACUAGAUAUUGCUUAUCUUCUCAUUUAUGUUGAUGACAUUAUUCUAGCGGCCUCUUCUGACUGCUUACAGAAGCAUUUUAUUACUCAUUUGGGUUCCGAAUUUGCUAUGAAGGAUCUCGGAAAUUUGAGUUUCUUUCUGGGUAUUGCUGUUACUCGGGAUGAUCAUGGUUUGUUUUUAUCUCAGAAACAAUAUGUUGUGGAUAUCAUUGAGCGGGCCGGCAUGACAAACUGUAGCUCAUGUCCCACACCUGUUGAUACUAAGCCUAAACUAAGUGCAUCUCUGGGUGCUCCUUAUGAAAAUCCUACCCAAUAUCGGAGUCUUGCAGGUGCCUUGCAAUAUCUCACUUUCACUAGGCCGGACAUAUCUUAUGCAGUACAACAAGUUUGUCUUCACAAGCAUGAUCCGCACACCGAGCAUAUGAGUGCUCUUAAGCGUAUCAUUCGAGUUAAUCUCUUUGUAAAUGUGUAUUUAAGCACCAUUUUGAUAAUGAGAAAGCACGAUUGAAAUCUUUC